AUGGAUUGAAACAUUUAAUAUUUUUAAAAUGUCCAUACAACCUGAAGCAAUUUGUAGAUUCAAUGCCAUUCUUACCAAAAUUCCAACGUCAUUUUUUACAGGAAUAGAAAACAAAUUAUUAAAUUCAUAUGGAGCCAUAAAAGACCUCAAAUAACUGAAACAAUCUUGAGCAAAAAGAACAAAGCCAGAGGCAUCACACUUACUGAUUUCAAAAUAUAUUAAAAAGCUAUUGUAAUAAAAAAUCAUGGUCCUGGCAUAAAAACAAACACGUUGACCAAGGGAACAGCAUUAGAAAUCCAGAAAUAAACCCACACAUUUAUAUUAUAGUCAAAUAAUAUUUGAUAAAGGUGCCAAGAACACACAAUGGGGAAAGGACAGCUUCUUCAAUAAGCAGUGUUGAGAAAAGGAUAUCUAUAUGCAGCAGAAUGAAAUUGGAUCCUUUCUCACACCAUACAUAAAAAUCAAUUCAAGAUGCAUCAAAGAUUUAAAUAUAAGACCUGAAGCUGCAAAACUACUAGCAGAAAACAUAGGAGAAAAGCUAUACAAUAUUGGUAUAGGUAAUGGUUUUUCAGCUAUGACUCCAAAAGUACAGGCAACAAAAGCAAAAACAAAUGGGAUUGCAUCGAAUUAAAACAUUUCUGCACAGCAAAUAAAAUAGUUAACAAAGUGAAGACACAACUCAUAGAAAUAAAAAAAAAACUUUUGCAAAUCAUACGUCUGAAUUUGCCUUCUUUUAUGUGGUCAGGAAUACACUUAACCUCUCUGAAGCUUUGUUUCUUUAUCUGUAAAAUCAGAGAACUUGGUUACUGGAGUUCUAAUGCUCUGUCAAAUAGUAACUUGUUAUAAUCUAUGAAAGUUAAAUUGGUCAAAAAUCAAAUGAAUUUUGUUAGGUAAAAUAAUAACUUUCUGACAUUAAGGAUUAAAGGCUAGAAUAGGUUACUUGAGGAAGCUAAAAUGACCCAUAUUCAAAGUCCAUGAAAAGCCUAUCAUUUCAUGUACUAGUAUUGUAUCUGGAAUUGGUGGGUUCUUGGUCUCACUGACUUCAAGAAUGAAGCCACGGACCCUCGCGGUGAGUGUUACAGUUCUUAAAGGCAGCGUGUCCGGAGUUUGUUCCUUCUGAUGUUCAGAUGUGUUUGGAGUUUCUUCCUUCUGGUGGGUUCGUGGUCUCGCUGGCUCAGGAGUGAAGCUGCAGACCUUCCUGGUGAGUGUUACAGCUCUUAAAGUGGCGUGUCUGGAGUUGUUCGUUCUUCUGGGGCUCGUGGUCUCACUGGCUUCCGGAGUGAAGCUGCAGACCUUCGCGGUGAGUGUUACAGCUCAUAAAGGCAGUGUGGACCCAAAGAGUGAACACUAGCAAGAUUUAUUGCAAAGAGCGAAAGAACAAAGCUUCCAUGGUGUGGAAGGGGACCCGAGCCGGCUGCCACUGAUGGCUCCAGCAGCCUGCUUUUAUUGUCUUAUCUGGCCCCAGCCACAACCUGCUGAUUGGUAGAGCCGAGUGGUGUGUUUUGACAGGGCGCUGAUGGGUGCCUUUACAACCCCUGAGCUAGACACAAAGGUUCUCCACGUCCCCACCGGAUACAGAGUGUGGACACAAAGGUUUUCCACGUCCCCACUAGAGUAGCUAGAUACAGAGUGUCAGCUGGUGCAUUCACAAACCCUGAGCUAGACACAGGGUGCUGAUUGGUGUGUUUACAAACCUUAAGCUAGAUACAGAGUGCCGAUUGGUGUAUUUACAAUCCCUGAGCUAGACAUAAAGGUUCUCCACGUCCCCACCAGACUCAGGAGCCCAGCUGGCUUCACCCAGUGGAUCCCGCACCGGGCUGCAAGUGGAGCUGCCUGCCAGUCCCGCGCCAUGCGCCCGCACUCCUCAGUCCUUGGGUGGUCCAUGGGACUGGGCGCCAUGGAGCAGGGGUCAGCGCUCGUCCGGGAGGCUCGGGCUGCACAGGAGCCCACGGAGCCGGGGGAGGCUCAGGCAUGGCGGGCUGCAGGUCCCAAGCCCUGCCCCACGAGAAGGCAGCUAAGGCCCCGCGAGAAAUUGAGCACAGCACCUGCUGGCCCAGGUGCUACGCCCCUCACUGCCCGGGGCGGUGGGGCCCCGCCGGCCGCUCCGAGUGCGGGGUCCGCCCAGCCCACGCGCACCCGGAACUCGCGCUGGCCCGGAACUCGCGCUGGCCCGGAACUCGCGCUGGCCCGGAACUCGCGCUGGCCCGGAACUCGCGCUGGCCCGGAACUCGCGCUGGCCCGGAACUCGCGCUGGCGGGCAAGCACCGCGCGCAGCCGCGGUUCCCGCCCGCGCUUCUCCCUCCACACCUCCUCACAAGCUGAGGGAGCCGGCUCCGGCCUUGGCCAGCCCAGAAAGGGGUUCCCACAGUGCAGCGGCGGGCUGAAGGGCUCCUCAAGUGCCGCCAAAGUGGGAGCCCAGGCAGAGGAGGCGCCGAGAGCGAGGGCUGUGAGGACUGCCAGCACGCUGUCACCUCUCAAUAUAAUUUAAGAUCAACCCUAAUUGAAAAUACUAUAUUUUGAAGAAAAUGGAAGAGGAAUGAAUACUUUCCAACUCAUUUUUAAAGGACUACCUUUCCGUAACACCAAAACCAGAUGAAGAUAUCACAAGAAAAAAAAGCUACUGACCAAUAUCCCUCAUGAACAUAGAAGCAAAUAUUUUUAAGUAAAUUUUAGUAAUACGGUUCAACAACAUGUUAAAAAAUACAUCAUAAUUGAGUUUUAUCCAGGAAAUGAAAAUUCAGUCUGAAAAUCAAUGCAUGUAGCUCCCCAUAUUAACAAAGUAAGUAAGAAAACCUGUGUGGUCAUCUGCAUAGAUGUAAAGAAAAUAUUUGACAAAAUUUAAUGUUCAUUCAUGAUUAAAAUAAAAACUCUCAAAAAGCUAGGAAAAGAUUGAAACUUCCUCAGCCUGAUAAGAGGCAUCUUUGGAAAACUGUUUUAUCAGUGUCCCACUAACACUUUCUGGCUUCAGAAGUGGGUGUCUGGUAGAGAACUUCCUUAACACCAUUCAACAGCUCAUGAGGACCACAGGAAGUACCAUUAGGCUUAGGGUGAUCUCCAGGGAACUCAAAAUAAGACUGCUUACAGCUGAAGUUAAUGGCCCUAAGUCUCAUCUUCUCCAAGGCCUACAUGGCUUCCCGGGGCAGAGAGGCUCAGUGUUUUUUUCACAGCCUCUGCUGACCCUAGAGUACAAGCUUCUCAUAACAGAGAUGGUGUCUUUCUUUUGCUCACUAAUUAUGCCAAGCAUAACACCAUGACGUAGCAUUUUAUCUAUACUUACUUACUACAUUAUUAUUUUUUUGGAGGGGAAGGUGUUAAAAGUGAGAAAUUAAAAUUAAAGUGGUUUCCCUUAUCACCAACAUAUCAACCCCUCCUGCCAACUCUUUUGUCUAGGAUCGUAGGAUUCUUGGACAUCAGGGAGGAAUAAAUAAGGAAUGUCUUGGAAGGAGGCCCAAAUCACCAUUUUCUCACUGAAAUUAAAUUAAGCUGUUG